GGCGCGGGAGGAACAAUUGGUGUGAGGGGCCGGGCCGGGCGGAUCCUUUCCUUCCCCCAAUGUGAGCCGCGUCCCGAACCCCCGUCCGGCCGAGGCUGCCCCGCGAGGUGGGAGCGCGGCCCGGGAACAUGAGGCGGUGCCUGCUCCUCCUGACCAGCCUGGUGCCUUUCGUGCUGGCGCCGCGACCUCCGGACCCGCCGGGCUCGGGCUCUCCGCCGCGACUCGAAAAGCUUGAUUCUUUGCUCUCAGACUACGAUAUCCUCUCUUUAUCCAGUAUCCAACAGCACUCGGUAAGAAAGAGAGAUCUACAGGCAUCAACACAUUUAGAAACACUGCUGACGUUUUCAGCAUUGAAAAGGCAUUUUAAAUUAUACCUGACGUCAAGUACUGAACGCUUUUCCCAAAAUUUCAAAGUUGUGGUGGUCGAUGGUAAAAAUGAAAGCGAGUACAGCGUCAAGUGGCAAGACUUCUUCCGUGGACACGUGGUUGGUGAGCCUGACUCUAGGGUUCUAGCCCAUAUAGGAGAUGAUGAUAUUACAAUAAGGAUCAACACAGAUGGGGCAGAAUAUAAUAUAGAGCCACUUUGGAGACUAAUUAAUGAUACUAAAGACAAAAGAAUAUUAGUUUAUAAAUCUGAAGAUAUCAAGAACGUUUCACGGUUGCACUCUUCAAAAGUGUGUGGUUACAUAAAGGCGGAAAAUGAAGAUUUGCUUCCAGAAGGGCUGGUAGAUGGAGAGGCACCUAAGGAACUUGUUCAUCGGGUGAGGAGAAGAGCCGACCCUGAUCCCAUGAAGAACACGUGUAAAUUACUGGUGGUGGCAGAUCAUCGCUUUUACAAGCACAUGGGCAGAGGGGAAGAGAGCACCACCACCAAUUACUUAAUAGAGCUCAUUGACAGAGUCGAUGACAUCUACCGGAACACUUCCUGGGACAACGCAGGCUUUAAAGGUUAUGGAAUACAGAUAGAACAGAUUCGCAUUUUCAAGACUCCAGAGGAUGUGAAACCUGGCCAGAGGCACUAUAAUAUGGCAAAAAGUUAUCCAAAUGAAGAAAAGGAUGCCUGGGAUGUGAAGAUGCUGCUGGAGCAAUUUAGCUUUGAUAUAGCGGAAGAGGCAUCUAAAGUCUGCCUAGCACAUCUUUUCACGUACCAGGAUUUUGAUAUGGGAACUCUUGGAUUGGCUUAUGUUGGUUCUCCCAGAGCAAACAGUCACGGAGGUGUUUGUCCAAAGGCUUAUUAUAGUCCAAUUGGAAAGAAAAAUAUCUAUUUGAAUAGUGGUUUGACCAGCACAAAAAAUUAUGGUAAAACCAUUCUUACGAAGGAAGCUGACCUGGUUACAACUCAUGAAUUGGGGCACAAUUUUGGAGCAGAACAUGAUCCGGAUGGUCUAGCGGAAUGUGCCCCAAAUGAGGACCAGGGAGGAAAAUUCGUGAUGUAUCCCAUAGCUGUGAGCGGAGAUCAUGAGAACAAUAAGCUGUUUUCAAACUGCAGUAAACAGUCCAUCUACAAGACCAUCGAAAGCAAGGCCCAGGAGUGUUUCCAAGAGCGCAGCAACAAAGUGUGCGGGAACUCCCGCGUGGACGAAGGAGAGGAGUGCGACCCGGGCAUCAUGUACCUGAACAACGACACCUGCUGCCACAGCAACUGCACGCUGAAGGAGGGCGUCCAGUGCAGUGACCGGAACAGUCCUUGCUGUAAAAACUGCCAGUUUGAGACUGCCCAGAAGAAGUGCCAAGAGGCCAUUAAUGCUACGUGCAAAGGCGUGUCUUACUGCACAGGUAACAGCAGUGAGUGCCCUCCGCCGGGGAACGCCGAGGACGACACGGUGUGCUUGGACCUGGGCAAGUGCAAGGACGGCAAGUGUGUGCCCUUCUGCGAGAGGGAGCAGCAGCUGGAGUCCUGCGCGUGUAACGAGACGGACAACUCGUGCAAGGUGUGUUGCCGGGACGCCCAGGGCCGGUGUGUGCCCUAUGUUGACUCCGAGCAGAAGAACUUGUUUUUGAGGAAAGGGAAGCCCUGUACAGUAGGGUUCUGUGACAUGAAUGGCAAAUGCGAGAAACGAGUACAGGAUGUCAUCGAGCGAUUUUGGGACUUCAUCGAUCAGCUGAGCAUCAAUACUUUCGGGAAGUUCUUAGCAGACAACAUCGUGGGCUCCGUCCUGGUUUUCUCCUUGAUCUUUUGGAUUCCUUUCAGCAUUCUUGUCCAUUGUGUGGAUAAGAAGCUGGAUAAGCAGUAUGAGUCCCUGUCCCUGUUUCACCCCAGUGUGAGUAUGCUGCCCGACAGAAGGCCUCUCAGUGGCACAGGGAGACCUCCGUCGGCCACCCAGCUGCGCCCCCUGUGGCUGCUGGAGGUCCUGCUGCAGCAGGAAAGGCCGAGAACGUGGAAAUGCUCAGCAGCAUGGACUCUGCCUCGGUCCGCAUCAUCAAGCCCUUUCCGGGGCCGCAGACCCCAGGCCGCCUGCAGCCCCUGCAGUCCGCCCCUGUGGUGCCGAUGGUGCCUGUGGCCCCGAAACUGGACCACCAGCGCAUGGACACCAUCCAGGAAGACCCGAGCACGGACUCGCACAUGGACGAGGACGGCUUCGAGAAGGACCCCUUCCCGAGCAGCAGCACGGCCGCCAAGUCGUUUGAGGACCUCACGGGCCACCCGGUCACGAGGAGCGAGAAGGCCUCAUCCUUCAAGCUGCAGCGGCAGAACCGCGUCGACAGCAAAGAGACCGAGUGCUAGUGUAGGGAGGGAGGCCCUGCGCUCUGCCCUGUGUGCAAGGUGUUUUGUAGGUGUGACCUAAAAUCACUCGCAGACUUCGUGAAGAUCUAGGAGAAACAAGGCGGUGACUUCAGCAGGUGCUGGUCACGUGUCUGGACUUCUUGGCAUAUGUGCUUGUGUGGUUGGGCCUUUCUGUGUGAACAGGUAAGGUGAAUCUAGCUUAUUUUGAGGCUUUCAGGUUUUAGUGUUUAAAAUAUCCUUCAACCUGUGGUGCAGAAGCAGAAAAUACAGCUGGAUUAGGUCAUAAGUAUUUACGUUUUUGUAAAGUAACCUUUAUAUCGAUGACAGCACUGAUUAGGGAGAGAACGAUUUUCUUUUUCAUACAGUGUCAUGAAGAUGAGGCAGUUAGCAUUACUCGUGAGGAUAACUGGAACACAGAAUAAUUUAUUUUUCUGCCCUCAAGUAAAGAUAAGAUAAAACUGAGCUGUGUACUAUCGCCACAGUGUGGGUUCUGGUUCUCGGCACUACCCCACGCCUACAGCAGGGAGAAUACACACCCCAAUUCAGGAGUGAUUUGGGUUACUGUUUCUUCAGAAUUCUAAGGUUAGUACUUUCUGCAGUUUAAAUAAUCUAGUUUACAGCGAGAGCCCCAAGUAGGGCUAGUUGCAUUACAGAAUCCUGCCCCCUGUGUGAGACCCUCAUUUGCUGGGCAGUUUUUCUGUUUUACAAGUGUGUUCCGGGACCUAACGCUGUUGGCGCUUCUGGGACGGCAGCAGCCGGCACGCCCACAGCACUGAGCGUCCCUAGGCUCCCUCAGAGUUCUCUCGGUCUCCGUGUCCAUCUGGCAGCACCAGCCUUCCGGCCGCUUUUCCAAGAACCAGUGGCCCUCGUGGCAGCGACCCCUUCUGGCUGAGGAGCCAGAGGAGAUUUCGAGCCAGAGCUCGGGUGCGGGGAGUGGCCAUGCCUCUAGGGAGGGUCACUGCUGUCUCCAUAGGAGAGGUUGCGUUUGAUCUGGGGGACCUUGGAGGCCUGCUGAGGGCCAGCGUUGAUGCUGGUGGAGUUGGGGUGCAGUCUGGGAGGCUCCUCUCAGAUGCCUCACAGCUUGAGCCGUCAGCACCCUGGGUGCCUGGGACGUGCUGAGGGGCUGCGGCAUCAUCCUCACCUGGGCCCGGUGGCCUGGCAUCGGGAAGCAGGGCUGGGCUCCUGUUGGCAUUGCUGAAUGCAGGGACCUUGUCUUCCUGGAGGUGACAGUCUCCUUUUGGGGGUGGCCUCGGUGAGAUUUGGAGCUGGUCCGCUGCCCUGUUCACUCUGCAGAGCUGUGCUGUGGCCUUGGAGUCCAGGACGGCUCCACCAUGUCACACUGGGUGGUCGGGUCCUGCUGUCCGGGCCGGCGUCCCGGGCCGGCUCGGGCUGCUCCGCACUGACUGGGGGCCAGCCCGGCCGAGGCGGGGCCUGUCUGCCCCUCAGCAUGAGGAGCCCUCCUCCAGCAUCGGCAUGGCCACGGGGGGACAGCCCCUGGGAGGGACUCAGACACCGUGGUGCUGCCCUGCACGUGGCUGUUCCCAUUGCGUCCUGCUCAGGACUCCGGACGGUGUGCGCUCGCUGUGUGAAGGAGAAGUCAUUGGGGAGUUCUGACUUCCUUAGAGUUAGAGUUAAAAGCUUCUCCCCUGUAAGUCCUGAACUGUGCUCACCAGCCAACAUGUUUAAUGAGUAACUUACAAACUUUGAGGGCAAUUAACCAAACCUGUGACAAAUGGUGUCUUUUUUCCUAAGGAUGUUUGUUACACAGAUACCUGUUACACUAAUACUUGAACUUGUACCUUGUGGUAUUUGCUCUUUUAACUAGUCACAAUACUCUUAUAUUUUAGUUACACUUUUGGACUCUGAUGUAAGGUGAGUGGGUGUAUGUGUGAGAGUGAAGCAGUUCCCAGCUGAAUGUAAGAAAACCAUUUUUUAUAAAAUCAACUUUAAAAAAAAAAAAAAACUGUCUUUUACCCUUU